AUGACUGAAAAUUUUAAAGAAAAAAAACAUCAGGUUGAAAUUAGUAGUGAUUCUGAUAAUGGAAAUACAAAUGAACCUGUUGGACGUCAAUUUACGGGUAUUUGGAAAGAAAUUGAGCUAGUUGAAGAAUUAAAAGAAAAAAAAAUUAAAUCAACGAAACUUUCAGAACCAUGCAAUAUAGAAAUUAAUGAAUUAUUAAUUGCAGCAUUUGUUUCUUGUGGCUUACCUUUUAAUAUUAUUGAAAAUUCAUUUGUUGUCCAUCUUCUCAAAGUUCUUUGUCCAGAAUAUAAUCCACCAUCAUGUGAAGUAUUAGCAGGUCGUUUACUAGAUACACAAGUAGCUCGAGUUAAUAUGAAAAUAGAACAAAUGAUUAA